CUUGUGGUUUCUACGUUAUAGCGAAAGUUUGUAAUUUAAUGCAAAUUUAAUGAAACAUAUUAAUAUUUACACAGUAUGAAUGCUCCAAAUAAGCGAAAGGAUAAUAUGGAAGUUGAUAAAAAUGCCAAAAGAAUGAAAAAGGUGUGCAGUUACGGCGAUAAGUGUUACAGGAGGAAUCCAGCGCAUCUGAGGGAGUUCAGUCACCCGCAUUUAGAAGCAAUCCUCGAUGCAAGUGACGGAGGGGACUACACAAUCCCACCGGAGUUGAGUCUACAGCGGCAACUUAUAUUAGAACAGCUGGAGAUCAUUGUUGAGAAGAAACUGUAUGAGCCACACUCUUCUAGCACUAGUACCACAAGACCAAAGCCUCCAGACCCACCCUCCAUAAAACAGCCGACCAAACCAACUGCAGACCACAAGCUCCCAGGUUCAGUGUCUAAAGAAACACAACCGAAAGCCUCAAACGAUGCAAAGGACUCAAAUUCAGCUGAUAAAGAUACUUUAGCAUCAAGCUCUGAUGAAAAGGAUACCUGUAGAAAAGAUGAAAAAGAAAAUAAGACAAUGGAUUCAGUAAAAGUUAAAGAUGACUACCGACCCAUAGUGCCUCCAACGCGUCAGGCGACCGAGUACCUUACCGUCGUGCGACCCGCGGGCAACAUGGCGGCCAAGCACGCCGCUAGCGCGCCUUACCACAUCUUUUACACUACCAUAGCUUCGGCUAAGGAGACGCAUAGUCAGCCCUACUCUGUCACUCUCCUAGAGAUCUUGGACCGCAGUUUGGGCGAGUUGCAAUGCUCCCUCCAAAUCAAUUUCAUGGUGGAGCCGGCGUGGCUUCUGGCCCAAUACUACUUCGCGGGUUACAGUGAAAAGAAGUUAACAAUCUUGUAUGGAGAAGAAUGCUCGGACCUCAAGAACAUCAGUAAGAAGAAACCCCAAGUGGAGGCGUAUCAGGUGCCCAUGGCGACCCCUUUUGGCAAGCAUCACACAAAAAUGAUGAUUUUAUGCUACGAGGACGGGUCGCUGCGGGUGGUAGUGUCCACCGCCAACCUGUAUGCCGAUGAUUGGGAAAACAGGACGCAAGGGCUUUGGUUCAGCCCCCGCUGCGCCCCGCUGCCCGCGGCCGCCAUGCCCCACGCCGGGGACUCCGCCACGCAGUUCAAGAGGUCGCUGCUCAAGUACCUGUCGCAGUACAGGACUCCAAUGUUGUCGAGAUACGUAGCCAAAGUGCAACGUUGUGAUUUUAGCCAUAUCAAUGUGUUCCUGGUAGCAUCAGCCCCGGGGGGCCAUUUCGACAUGGAGUGGGGCCUGACCCGCGUGGGGUCCCUGCUGCGGCAGCACUGCGCCGUGCCGCGGGGCGAGCAGCCGCGCUGGCCGCUCCUCGCGCAGGCCAGCAGCAUCGGCAGCUACGGCAAGGAGCCCAGGUUGUGGUUGACGGGUGAUUUUCUCCACCACUUCACGAAGAUUAAGGAGCAGCCUCAGACGCUAUCGCAGCCUCCGGAGUUGAAACUCAUCUAUCCUUCAUUAGAGAACGUGAAGCAGUCCCACGACGGCCUGCUAGGCGGCGGCUGCCUGCCGUACGCGGCCGAGGCUCACUUCAAGCAGCCCUGGCUUAACAGUUUCCUCUAUCAAUGGAAAGCGAAGUCGUCUCACCGUGACAAAGCCAUGCCGCAUAUAAAGUCUUACACAAGAACAUCACCCGAUAACAAGAGAGCAGCCUACUACCUACUGACGUCAGGCAACGUCAGUAAGGCAGCGUGGGGCAGCUUGAACAAAGGGAACGCCGCUCUUCGGAUUAUGAGCUACGAGGCUGGGGUGCUGUUCUUGCCAAGAUUCGUGAUAAAUGAAGAUUUCUUCCCACUAGAGCCGAAUGCUCCAAACCGUUUAGUGAUACCCUUCGACAUUCCGCCCACCAAAUACACCAGCGACAUGCAACCGUGGGUCAUGGAUCACUUGCGGUAGCCUACACAAAAAAACCGGACAAGUGCGAGUCGGAGUCGCGCACGAAGGGUUCCGUACCAUUGCGCAAAAAACGGCAAAAAAAUCACGUUUGUUGUAUGGGAGCCCCGUUUAAAUAUUGAUUAUAUUCUGUUUUUAGUAUUUUUUGUUAUAGCGGCAAUAGGAAUACAUCUGUGAAAAUUUCAACAUGAG